UUAUUCAUUCACAGAUUGAUGAAUCCAGCUUAUUAGAAACACAACCAUGGAUGAAUUCGCUCCAUUAGAUUGCCUUUUGCCUUCAGGAAAACAGAGGAUUUGCUUGGUUAUCAUAAAUCAGCCGAUAGAUGAGCGGUACUUCCAUGUGUUGUGGAGUAAAGCCAAGAUCCGAGCAUGUGCAGACGGAGGUGCCAAUCAUCUGUACUGGCUCACGGAGGGUCGUCGCGAGAGGUGGGCCCAAGCCACUAAGGCACAGGGCCCUAUUGAUCCCCUAAGGAUUGAAUCCCCGCAGAGGCUGGGACCCGGGCGUGGCACAGGGGAUCUACGGCGACCCCUGGAACACAGUCCAGAGAUAUACAUCAAGUUUUCUGAUAACUGCAAGCUAAUGGAAACUCCAGACCAGGAUCUGACAGACUUCACUAAGUGCUUGGCCAUUAUGGUGGAGGAGAUCAAAACACAGAAAUUGCAGAUAGAUACCAUUGUAAUCCUGGGUGGUCUUGGAGGCCGCUUUGACCAGAUCAUGGCCACGGUGGAGACCUUGUUUCAUGCCCAGAAGAUGACCGACCUGCCUGUGGUGGUUAUACAGGACCGUUCUCUUGCUGUCCUCCUCCAAGAGGGCAGACAGCACCAUCUGAACGUGAACACUGGCUUGGAAGGAAAAUGGUGUAGUCUGGUUCCUGUGGGCAGCCCUUGUCUAACCACCACUUCUGGGCUUAAAUGGAACUUGGACAAUCAAGUUUUGGCUUUUGGACAGCUUGUAAGCACAUCCAACACUUACGAGGACCACGACCCCAAAGGAGGCAGAAAACCUAUAACUGUCACCACAGACAAGCCACUUCUAUGGAGCAUGGGAAUUAAACCAGUGAACAAAGCACCAAGCCUUUAAAAUGUGCCUUUUCCUCAGCACUA